GGGAUGUGGGAGCACGAAGGAGCAGGGCUGCCGCUGCCAGCCGCGCUCAGCGCGGGGCGCGCAGGGAUCGUACGAAUCGCUCAAGCGCCCCCCGCUUUGCGAUCCAAAGCCCAGCUCAUUUCCCCGAGGGACAGCGGGAGCGCAGGGGCAGCCCCUGAGCAGUCGCUGGCCUCUCCGGACGCUGUGCGAGGGUCUCCGCGGCGUCCGGCACCGCGCAGAGCCAGCAGAGAGACGGGAGGGAGCCGUGUCUCGCACGGGCUGAGCGGGCAGGAGCAGAGGAGAGAGCGGGAGCAGGUGUGCCCCGGGGAAAACCGUGCUCUUCCUCUCUCAGGGCUGUGAGCAAAGCCAGAGCCAACGCCGAGAGUGCAGUGGGGGGACAGUGUUGGUGUCUCCCCAGUUUUGCAGGCCGGUUUUGCUGUGCAGUGAGCCCGUGGCCGUGCGAGCGUGUGCGCGGCGGCCGCGCCGCGACCCUCGGCAGCGGAGGGAGGAUGAGCCGCGGUGCGGGGUGUGAUUCUGGGGACCGCGAUUCCUUCUCUCUCGCAUAUUGCGGUAAAACAUGCUGAGAAGACCUGUGGCGGGGUGAAGCAAAAACUAUGGCACAGCUGAUCGGAAGGAGAAGCCUGGGUUGUUUUCUGUUUUUGUUUACUGGCUGUCAUGACUUACUAGGUGACAACGCGAACAGCCAGCCCUGCUUCUCGGGACACAGGAAUGUGGUGAAGAUGCCUCCGAGAGGCAGAGACCGGGCUUUAUCCUCAGAAGCGUCUGUUUGCCUGUGAGCUCCGUUCAUUCACUAAAGACAAGGGCUGGACAACCUGUGUUAUUAGGGGGCAGCGAGGAAGGCGGAACCUCGCCAUGGGGUACGACAGAAGCUGGGUGCUGGUGAAUGAAAGCGACCAUGCCCCGUCCCAGGCUGUCACCGGAGCUCUGGAGACGGGCAGCGCCUCGGCCGGGCAGAUGGUGUGGCCGGGCGGGAAUGUCAGCGAGGCGGGCGCCGUGAAGAGCGAGGAGCACGGCGAGGAGCAGAGCUACCGGCACUUCACCACCACCGUGCAGGUUGUCAUCUUUGUGGGCUCUUUGCUGGGUAACAUCACGGUGCUGUGGUCCACGUGCAGAACAUCGCUGCUGAAAUCAGUAACAAACCGCUUCAUUAAGAAUUUGGCCUGCUCGGGGAUCUGUGCCAGCCUAGUCUGUGUGCCUUUUGACAUUGCCCUUAGUGCCAGUCCACACUGCUGCUGGUGGAUCUAUACGAUGCUCUUCUGCAGAAUUGCCAAGUUUCUGCACAAAGUCUUCUGCUCGGUGACCAUCCUUAGUUUUCCAGCCAUUGCUCUUGACAGAGCGCUGAGUGCCAGCCAGAAGAAAAAAGUCAUCAUAGCUGCAUUAAGGACCCCUCAGAAUACAGUUUCUAUCCCAUAUGCCUCCCAGCGAGAAGCUGAGCUCCACCUCAUGCUGCUUUCCAUGGUUAUGAUAUUUAUCCUCUGCAGUGUCCCCUACAUGACUCUGGUGAUUUACCGCACCAUACUCAAUAUUUCAGAUAUUUCAGUCUUCUUGCUCCUCACUGCUAUUUGGUUGCCCAAGGUCUCUUUGCUGGCCAACCCUUUGUUAUUUUUAACUGUUAACAGAUCGGUACGGAAGUGCUUAGUGGGGACAAUAGUGCAGCUGCACCGGAGGUUCAGCAGGAGAAACACUGUCAGCUCGGGUGGUAUUGCAGAUGAUAAUCUGGAGCCCAGUGUCCAUUCAGGAAGCCAGCUUCUGGAGAUGUUUCAUAUUGGGCAACAACAAAUCUUCAAGCCGAUGGAAGAUGAGGAGAAUGAGACCAAAUCCAUUGGCUCUGGUGACUUUCAAAGGAAAGAAAUUCCUAGCACCAGUUUGGAGCUCGGACAGACUUUGGUUCACAGGUUUGUGCCACAGACGAUUGCAGACUCUGCAGCUCAGGUGGCCCCAGCUGUGCCCACAGAAGCUGAUGCAGUAAAUGACAAAUAUUCCAUGCAGUUUGGUUUUGGACCCUUUGAGCUGCCUCCACAGUGGCUCUCAGAAAACCGGAACAAUAAGAAGCGACUCCUGCCUCCUUUGGGGAAUACCCCUGAAGAGCUAAUCCAGACAAAACAGCCUAAGUGUAAAGCAGAAAGAAAAGUCAGCAGAAACAAUAAAGUCAGUAUUUUUCCCAAAGUGGAUUCUUAGUAAGAGCAGGAGCUUUAAGUGACAGAGGAAUGUCACUUUCUAUUACAUUUUUGAUCCCAUGGAUCUUUAUUAUGUUGAAAUUUGUUACAGCCUGAUUUUUUUUUGCCAAAUAUUAGUUAAACGAACAAACAAAAGAAAAAUGUAUAUAUACAAGUGUUCCUUAUUAAUAUGAAAUACUUAAUGAAAAUAAUGUAUCAAAUAUAUAUGGAAAUUAUUAGUUUGAUCUCUGAAAUCCCUACAAUGACACCUUGUUAUUAACUUUCAAAAGUACAUAUGAAUUUGGGAACUAUUUUAAUGGCUGAAUUAUGGAAAUGCAGCAGUUGGUUUUCUGGGAAAUGUUAUGUUGUAUUAAAAUGGACUGGGCAUCAAAGUAACUUAACAGGAAAGGCUGUAGAGAGCAGAAGACAUGCAGCAUGGUAAGUCCUACUCUCCCACAAAUAGACACAGCAAGAUUCUGCACAUUUCAUGAAUGAAGUAGGAUGGACUAUUAAGUGCAUUUGUUUUCUGUUAUGCACAUUUAUUUGAUCAGGGUUAAAACUUGAUGGAUUUUUUUGCACAAAUUACUUACCAAGCAUCUGCCAAACAUCUAAAAUAUUUUAAAACCUAACCACUGGGUUUUGGCUUAAAACAUCCACAAAGCCAAGAAUACCCAAAUCAUCAUUCAUGUUAAACCUGAGAAAGACCUCUUUUUAUAAAGAUCCCACAUAUAUUCUUGUAGAUUUAAGUAAAAACUGGAUUGGAGACCAUGCAGGACAAAUUCUGACUCCAAUAAACAAAUAUGUAUGUGCUAAGAAUCCUGUGAUAAAGGGCAUAUACAAAUGUCCUUAAAGUGUAAUGUGAGUAUUAAGUAACUAAGGGAUAAACCUUGAAAUAAACUUAGCUGAUGGUGCACUCUGCUGUUUUCUUAUGAGAAAACAAGCAAAUGAAAGAAAUGGGUGUGAAAUACCAGUGGCCUUUCUCUGAGUGUGACAGUCUCAGUUUCUGAGUCUCACUCUAACACAGAGAGACUCACAGAGAGGGAUUCUGAGUACUUCAGCGACAGUGGAACUGUUGGGUGAAGAAGCUGGCAACAGACCUAAAAAGGCAAAGGUUUAUUAAUGCUGUUGCUCACUAUUGCCAGAAGUAGAGAAGUUUUCCUUCUAUCUGCACAGAUACAGAUACCAACCCUCCUGCUCCACUCAUCUUGCAGAGCAGACCAUUCAGUGUAUGAACACAAGACUUUCAAAUCUGGUGCCUAAUUCCUGAGUGAGUCAGUCAUGCCAGUCCUGGUAUCAGCUCGGCAGCCUUUCUGUGAGAGUUCAGGCAUUGUGCUGCAGCUUGCCUGUCUGCAUAAUCACAGACAUAUUGUCUCAUUUAUACUGAAUGUGAACUUUAAACUCUAUCUGUCUGUUAGGUGACCUAAAACUAUUGCAACCCUGACAUUUCAGUUCUUGUUCCGUUUCAAGCAGUCUUUCAUUUGCACUCAAUGUUGUCUCUGUGGGUAGUUUCUGAAAAGCACAAUCUCGUAACACCUGUUUGCUCCUUGUGGUUUUCCUGCACUUCAGCCCUUUGCUGCAUGCUGAACCUUAAUCUGUGAUUACUGUCUGUUUGUGAAAGUAGUUUUCUUUAAAGCAUACUUUAAAAGGACAAGGUGAAGAAUCUUGACAAGUUCAAAGAAACUUACUAAAUCCAACCAGUUAAUCUGAAAAGUAAGAAGAAAUUCUGCUAAAGCAGAAUGUACCUUUUCUUCCUUCAACGUGAUUGAAGGAAGUCACCAGCUUCUGAUGGCUCCAAGGUUGUGGAUUUCUACAAGUCAUUAAUAGCAAAUGUUUUAAUAAAAAUGUAUUUAAAGUGUAUAAAUUACUGUGUAAAAUGUGUUUUUCUCCAUUUCCUCUUUGGUUUCAGUGCAUUUCAUUUCUUGCUAGUUCAAGAGCUUAUCAGUUUGGGAGUGAGGAACAGUCUUCAGGGGGUCCAGAUGGGUGCCCUUCUUAAAUACAGAGAUGAAAAGACAGACAUAGCUUGCCUGAAAUCAGACAGAAGAAAGAUUCCAGAAAAAAAAUGGUCCUUUUGUGGCAGAGGUGGAGAAUUACUACAGCAUGCAUUUUUUUUAAAGUGCCAAUAAAAAGUAAUUUCAUGAAGUGUGUUUUUCUAAAAUUAGUGAAAGAAGAGAUGCCAUUGAUAAAAUCUUGAAAACCUAAACGUCAAAGUAGGAGUUGUAGUUUCCUUAUCAAUUUUGGCUAGGUUUAACAU